AAGGUUUCAAAGUUUGAAAAAUAAAAGUAACUAUAUUAUUCUGUAAAGCUGAGACAGGUGAGAGGUUUUAAUUACUUUCUUGUUGGCACAUGUGAAGGCGUUUCUGUCACAAACGGAAAAAGGGGGAAAGCUGACGUAAAGCAGUUGACAUGUCGCCAUGACAACAGGUUAUAGCUGAAACCCCUGCCGCAAACAAACCGAAAACAGCCCACUAUUGCUAUAAAGAGGCGACAAUACGUUUUUAUAUAAGCUAAAGUUUGAAGUCUACAGCUUGUCUCCUUAAUCUGUGGAAAAUUUGUGUCAGUCAGAAAGAUGUCCGAAAUGUUGUUGUGUCGGUGGCUGAACCAGGAGCUCCAGCUCUCUAAAGUGGUCGGCAUGGACACUCUUGCUACAGAUUUCUCCAAUGGUUACCUGAUUGGAGAAAUCCUCCAUAAGUAUAAACUGCAGGAUAAUUUCAACAAAUUUCUGGAAAAAAAUACUUCCAUUUCUAAAGUGAAUAACUUCAUGCGCCUCGAGCCAACUCUUAAACUGCUGGGGAUCUCCUUCAACAUGAACACAGCCCAGGACCUGAUGCAGGAGAAGCAGGGUGUUGCUGCUCACCUGCUUUUCCAGCUUUAUGACGCUCUUAAAAAAAGGAAGAGCCCGGAAAUGAAAAGGAGCUUGAUGGAAGUCGAGCAGCCCAGAGCUGAAGCAAAUCUGUACAGGAGGGAGCGCAAGAUCUAUCGGCUUCCUCAGGUGAUGAAACGUGAUACUGACCAGAAGCUGCAGCUAUAUAGUGAUAAACACCACCGGUUCAAGGAAAGGACUGUGGGGAGGCAGCGCCUUCAGCUACAACGCCUACUCAAUGCUCAGGAUGAGAAGAUCAUGAAAAACACUGAUAAGGCCACAGACAUCCAUGUGCCAAAGCCCCCGUAUCGUGUAUCACCUCUCAUAAUAAAGAGAAGACAACAAAAGAUCCAGGAAGAGGCAAAGAGAGUGCAGACUGAGAUUGCCCAGUUUGAGAAAAACAUGAGAAAAAGUGUCACCUACGGUUUUUCUUCCUCUUCAAGUUCUCAGCCUUUACCUGCUGAAGCUUCACUUAGUGGGACCAAACAAGGCAAUAAAUUGUCUGAAAGUGGGGCAGGAUUGUCAUUACAGUCCAACACCAAGUACAUGCAGGAGAUCCGACAGAGACUGAAGGAGAAGGCUUUGGCGGAUGAGCGCAGACAAAAAAGACAAGACAGAUUCCUAGUGGAACAAUUCAAAGCCCAUGCUGCUCAACAGGAGCUGCAGCGUGACGAGCAGCUGGUGAAGCGUCUGACACGCCAAACCAAGCAGGAGCAGCGUUUGGUGGCUCAGCUGCUCCAGAUGCGAAUGCAGAAAGAAGUGAUUCGAGAGAACCGGCUGUUCGUAGAGCAGCAGUACCAAGAGAGGAGAGAAAAGGACUUUCGGGAGGCUCUGUACAGAGAGGCGGUUUUAGCUCAGCAGGAAAAGGUGGCCCGUGAAGAAGAAAUCCGGAAGGACGUUGAACUGUGUACCAGGAUUUCUGCUGAGCAAAGUCAAAACAAACGGAAGAAAUACUUCAAUCACUGCAAGGAACUUUUGAACCAAAUCGUGGACCUGGCCACCAAAGUUGGAGAUUACCGUCAGCUCACAGAGAACACGAUUCCAGAGCAGACGAUGAGGGAUUGGAAAGAAUUGUUUCUUAAAGGUCUGCCUCUCUAUGAGCCAAGCCACGAGCAGAGUCUUGAACUCUCUGCUUUAAAGGAUUCCAUAGAUCUUACAAAGCUACCGCAGGAGGCUCUCAACAACUUGGACUAUCAUGAAUAUGCCAAAAUGAUUGGUGACUGGGCGUGGCCAGAGGAGGCAGGCGAGAUCAAACCUCCAUCAGCCAAGAGUAUUCUAGAAAAUGUUGUCCGUCGACUCAAAAACAUUGUCUGUUCGUCCACUGCGAAACCACCGAACUCUGAAUAUUCUCACUUCAUCAUCAAGGCCUGUGUCCUUGGUAACAUUUGCUCAGGCAAGACCACCUGCUUGGACCGGAUUGCUGAAGCUCUUGGCAUUUAUGUCUUAUCAUCCGACACUCUGGUUGAGGAGUCCCUGAAGGCCUACCACGAUGGAGAGGAAGUGAUGGAAAAGAGGGAAGACAAAGACAAAAGGAGAAAAGCAUCCGCCAGGUUAAGCAAACACGAUAUUACUAUUCAAGAAAGUAGAAGCUGUAUCACUAAGCCAUCUCCUCGUGCACUACUGGGAGCAGCUGUGGAUAAAGAGCUGAAGAAAGGGAACGCCAUCCCAAAUGAGCUGUUAGUGGAAAUUAUGACACAAGCAAUCCGUCAAGUUCCAGCUCAUUCAGGUUGGAUCCUGGAUGGUUUCCCGCCUGACAUCAGCCUGGCUCACCUGCUGGAAAAAGCCCUGGGUGGGUGUGAGGAGGAAACAAAGGAAGCUGCAAUUGACCAGACAGAUAUCAUUGCUGACUGCAGUCCUCCCACACCCCCACCACCCCCUGCUCCGGUUCUGGACGUGGUUCUCAUGCUGAAUAUUCCUGACGAGUGUGCAGUCAGACGUGCGUACAGACAAGCAGAUACCUGCGUUGCAGCUUCUCAGCCUGCAGAAAAAAUGCUAUAUCUGGCUGAGGUUACACACAGGAUUGCAGCUUUUAAGGGUGCCUGGCCAGCACUGGAGAAAUGGUACAGUGGAAAGCAAAACAUUUUGGUCACUGUGGAUGCAGAUGUAGACGAGGACGAGGUUUACAACAGAGUGAAGCUGAUCUUACAAAAGAUUCUGGAAAAAAAACCGAGAGGUGGUGCUUCUCCAUACAUGUGCUCAAUGGAUGCUCGACGUCUUUCUAGAGCGGAGGUGGAAAAACCUCAAAGUCCAAAAGCCGGACAGUCAAGGAGUGGAACCCCUACAUCACUGUCUCAAAGAAACUCUCCAGUCCAGAAACUUCUUAGGUCUGCUUCUUCAUGCAGUCUGGACUAUGAGGAUGAGCCUCUUUCUCCAGAGAUCCCACCGCUUCUAUGGUCACUCUGGGAUUCUGUCUGUAAUUCUUAUGUCAAUAAUAUAAAGAAAGUCAUGCAGCAGCUGCGCUUACAACGCACCGUCGUUCUUCAUGAGCUUUCAAGCAUCAGGGACGGAUACAGGCACUGUUUGGGACGCCCAAACUUGAAGCAGGAGUUUGUCUGUCGCUGGCAGAAGGACUUCAACAGCAUUCCUGAUUAUCUGAGAGAAGAUGAAGAAAUCAAGGCAGAACUUCAUCAGAGACUGGAUGAAUUGUGUGAGUCUCUGUGGGAUACUACUGAUAAAUGCAAGGAGCAAGAUGAGCAGAAGAAGGCUGCACUGCUCAGUGACGAAUGGCUGGAGGAGCACACUGCUGCCCUUAUAAACUCACACUCCAUCCUAAUGCAGGUGGAGCUGAACCGCUUUCAUCAAACGAUGUGCAUAUUAAGGAUCUACUUCUUGAACCUUCAAAAGAAACAAGUGACUUUUGAGUCCCUCUGUGAAAAUACUUAUAUUCCUUUACUGGAAAUCCCUGAAGCCAAAGCUGAGGAUGAAAGCGAGAUUCCAAUGGACACAAAUGAGAUGCAUAAACGAGAAGAGAAGAGCACGAAAGUCACGCUCCCCCAAACACAUCCUGUUUCCCCAAAGGAGGUCUCCAUGACGACCAGCACGGAUAAGGCCCAACCUGAGAAACAUCUGCAUGACAAACUCAUAUGUAACUACGAGGAUGCCCUCAAAGUCAUUGAAACAUUUCCUAUUUCUCUGGAUAUCUGCGAAUUAAAGGAAACGGAUCAAAAGGAAGCUAAAGAGCCGGAGAGACCACAGGUUGAAGAGGCUUCUUCAAAAGCAAAAAAGACUCCAAAAGGAAAGCGUUCAUUUGGAAAACUAAAAGGUGAGGAGCCAGAAAAAACUGAGCCUCAGAUCCCCUCUGAGAAAACUGAAACCAAGGAAAUGACAGGGAAAUUUCAUCAAGAGUAUGCUGCUGCUCUGGAUCAUGAAGGUAACAGAGCAAAGAUGCGUCUUGAGCUGGUGAAAAAUCACGGUUUGGUGAUGUUGCACUCGCUUCAAAGUAGAACACAAAGGACCUUAAGCCAAAUGGAAACUUGGCUACAAGCACGCUAUCGCGCAGAAAUGAAGAGCAUUGACCAGUUGAUAGAAAUGGCUCACCACCACAUCAUGGCAGAAGCCAAGUUGCAGUAUGAAGUGGUGUUGGAGGGCUCUGACUUCUACCUGAAGGAAAACCCUCAGAUGGUGACAAACCUGUCUCCUCCUCCAGAUCCAGAUCUUUCAGAGAAACCGUCUGGAUUUGUGCUGUCUGUAGGCGCUCUAGAAUCAAUCCACCGUCAGUUAAGCAGCGUUGCUCCAUCAGGCUUCCUCUCCAGCUCUUCCUUUCACAGUUUGCUGAAAGACAUGCUUUCCAUUAACAUGGGCAAACACAAUCUUCCAAAGCUGUGGGUGGACAAUCAAACACUGCUGGGAGAAAUAGUGUCCGUGCUAACAGACUCGAAUGAUCGGAUAGACUGGCGGCGGUUUCUUCUCUGUGCUUCUCUUCCUUGGCCAGUUCCUUCCCUGGCACAGCUGCUGUAUGCGCUGCAGAGUUUUAAGCUCGCAGAUGUUUAUGAAACAGGAUUCAUCAAUGAGGAGCAGUACCUGCAGAUGGAGCUUUGGUUAACUUAUGAGAGUGCCCAGAUUGUGUCUGAGGAUCUUUCUGAAUCACUUCCUCGUAGCCGUGUCGCAAACCUGACCAAGUUCUUUUUCCAGCUGUUUGCAGACAGCUCCGUCUCGCCGCCUCAGCUGGAUUAUGUGUCCAUGCUGCAGUAUUUCUCCGCUGACCCCGACCCCAGACAAGGGUUUGUCAGAGCUCUUAGUGUUGUGUUGGGACAGCCUCUCAGACAGCCCUCUGAGGACCAUCUCAUCAUGUUGUACCAAAUAUAUCCUUUUAAAUUCAACAUGUGGUUGUCGUCUCUGUUCCAGUCUAUGCCAAGUAUAGAGGAAGACACAAAGCUGACCUCGUUAGAAGGCGAUGGAAACUAUAACAACUUAAGCGCUUCUUUUGGGAAUGAAAAGGUUUCCAUUUCUGCUCUGCUGAAAGUCCUCUUCUGCGAAGAUGCAAAGAUGACCAACAACGCCCUCCCUCAUACUGACCUCAUAAGUCAGGAGGCCCUCAGGGAGCCAUUGACACAGGUAUACAUGGAGCUUGGAUAUGAACCAGAAGAAUGCAUCCCCUUUUCUGUUCUCUCCAAACAUCCUUACAUUCAAAUGCUGAUGGAGACUUCCACACAGUACCUGCUCGUUAACAUCCAUGGAAACCUUUUGGCACACCAGAACAAAAUGCAGACGAGCAGCUCAGCAGUUUAAAUAGAAUCUGAAAAAAAGGGGCUGCAUACAAUGUAUUCUAUUGGAAGAAAUGUUGCUAUUUGUGGUCAAAAUAUUUACUCAUUUUAUGUCGUAAAUAUGAAGAAGUUAAUCUAACUUUUACAAAUGUUAAUACAUUUACAUGACAUCAUAGUUAAAAUGAAUGUCUUCAGUUAACACAGUUUAUCUGCUUCUUCUCCUGUUUUAUAACAUUCAGACUGUCUUGUUUAAUGACCUGUCUCACACAGGAAAAUAAAAACAUCUUAGUUUAAUGUUUUAUUUCAUUUUUCAAUAGUUUCCAAUUGGUAACAUUUGAAAAAUGAUCAGUUUGUCAUUUUUUGUGCUUUGCUUUUAUGACAAACUCUCAACUAAGCAUUUUAGUGUUUGGCUUUCAUUCAUCCUUUUAAAAACAGUUUUGUGAUAUAAACUUUAACUCUUAAAAUGUUUUCUUUAAAUUUCUUCUUCCUUUAAUUCUCUCCUUAAUGCCAUCAAGUCUGCCUGACUCUUGAUUUUUUUUUUUUUUGCUGCAGUGAUCUGAUGACCCUGAAUGUAGGACAGUUUACAAGAUGUACAUUAAACUAAUGAUUGUAAA